AUGAACUCCUUUUACGACAUCGUCAGCGACUUACAGAAAGAAUCCGAGAAGAUCGACUCUCUGCACGACCUGUUGCAACGGAUAGCGCGACAGACCACGGAAUGCUGUUACUUCAUCCAUGACUAUGCAAAGGCCGAAGAUUUCUUCGAUUGGCCGUUUGGGAUCAAGAUUGACGCAAGUGAGACCAAAGAUCUUGCGAUGGAGACUAAAGCGUUGGUGGAGGAGACCAAGCUCGUUGUGACGCACAUUUUAGAUGAUAUAGAAGUCAUCGUCACUGAUAUUAGCUUGGACGACAUCCCGUAUGCAAAUGACGCAAACUUUGACGAGACAAAGGCGUGCCAAUUGGGAACUCGUGUGGAAAUUCUGGAUGAGAUUACGGAUUGGAUCAAUGCAGAGGGCGCCCCCCGGAUUCUCUUGCUUUCUGGUGCCGCGGGGACUGGCAAAUCGGCUAUUGCGCAUACGAUCGCUCACCGAUUCAAUACGAUGCACCGUCUCGGAUCCUCUUUCUUUUUUGUGCGAGGAAGAAAGGAUCGUGGUCCCGAUAAGCUGUUCCCAACCGUGGCUCGUGACCUGGCCGACCUUGACAAAGGCAUACGGCAUGCGCUAUACGACAUUGUUACAGCCAAUAAAUUCGAUAACCUUAUUCUCAAAUCAGUCGAAAAGCUCACCAUUGCUGGACCACUCGUCAUAGUCAUCGACUCUCUGGAUGAAUGCGGGGAUGCCAAGAUCCGUGCAGACCUGCUCCAAGCACUGGCCAACAAAACCAAAGCCCUUCCCACCAAUUUCCGCAUCCUCCUCACAUCCCGCCCCGAGGCAGAUGUCAAAUCUUUGUUCCAAGCGGAUAAACACGUCAUUAUCAAGAGGAUGCAGGAGCUUUCGUCUUCGACCGAGGCUGACGUCAGUUUAUACAUCCACAAUCGUCUGAGCAAUCUCGAAGUCUAUGGUAUUGAGAACAGGUGCAAGGGAGUGCUCGUUGCGAAAUGCGAGGGAUUAUUCCAGUGGGCGUCCGCUGCUUGCGAGUUCAUCAAAGGGUGGGGGGCAGGAUUGACUCACAAGGAACGAUAUGAACUCAUUGUCCAGGGCAAGACCGAUGAAUCAUGGCCACUAGAUCAUCUAUAUCAAACAGUCUUAUCAUAUCUUUUUCCCCCCAAGAACUCUGCCGUCAUGGAUCGGUUCAGGCUCGUCAUGUCGCUGGUACUGACUGCGUUCGAGCCACUCUCUGUCAAGGCAUUAAAUGAGAUACUCUACGCUGCCAAGGAUGGAAACCCAGGUUUUGAGGUAAACGUCAUCUUGGAAUACAUGGGUUCUUUACUAAGCGGAGUAACUGGAGACGACGUUGUCUGUCCUCUGCAUACUUCAUUUCGCGACUUUUUGCUGGCUCCUUCUCACAGCAACGACUUCUACAUAGACACCUCAGACACUCACGCAGAGUUCACAGUCGCUUCGUUAUCUAUCCUCAAGAGGCAGCUGUCAUUCAAUAUAUGUCGCCUGGAAAGCUCGUAUGUUGCGAACAGAGACAUCUAUGACCUCGCGGAUCGUAUCAAUAGAUACAUACCAGCCCACCUGUCGUACUCUUGUCGCUUCUGGGCGGACCACUUGCAAACCACAGCCGCAAACGUAGCCUCUGGUCAUAAGGUAUUGCAAGACCUGGAAGUCGUGCUCACAGACAAAUUUUUGUUCUGGCUUGAGUUCCCCAUGUCGCAGUCUACUCCGCACAUCUAUCUCUCAGCCCUUCCAUUCGCUCCACAAAAUUCCACUGCAUUCGAAAUGUUUGGCAAGAACUUCUCUCAGGUGCUAAGGAUCUCGGCCGGGGCCGGCAAGCAUUGGCCAAUUGUUGAACACAUCAUGCAUGCACGCUCUGUAGUGUUAUGCGUAGCAUUCUCGCCAGACGGGCUGCGGAUCGUGUCAGGCUCGCACGACGGUAAAAUCCGGGUAUGGAAUGCGGCGAUGGGUGCUACCGUGGGCGAACCUUUCGAGGGACACACCGGCGGGGUCAAUUCUGUCGUUUUCUCACCAGACGGGUUGCGGAUUGUGUCAGGCUCAGACGACUCGACCAUCCGAGUAUGGAUUGCGGAAACGGAUGCAGCUUUAGGCGAUCCUAUCGAUGGACACACAAGUAAGGUCAAUUCUGUCGCAUUCUCGCAAGACGGGUUGCAAAUCGUGUCAUGCUCGAACGACUGCACAGUCCAUGUAUGGAUUGCGGAAACGGGUGAUGCUGUGGGCGAACCUCUUGAGGGACACGCCAAUUGGGGACACACAGACUUCGUCAAUUCUGUCGCUUUCUCGCCAGACGCGUUGCGGAUCGUGUCAGGCUCGUCCGACAAGACGAUCCGGGUGUGGGAUGUGACCAGUAUGAUCAGUGACAUCGGUGGCUCACAGGUUGUGCUGCGCUCAGACAACAAUAGUCAUAACGUCCCCACAAGGCUUUUCGUUCCUCUUCUCAUGUCACCUCGUCUGGAACACGCCAUGCGCAUAGAUGUCAUCGAUAACGCUGCGACACCUCCACGCGACUAUCGUCAAUCUGAAGAUAUGAACGAUGACGGUUGGAUAGUGGGUCCGGCAUCAGAAUUAUUAUUCUGGGUGCCACCUGCAUACCGUGACAGGCUGUUGCCCGGCGCAAGGCUCAAGAUGAUCAUAGGAAGGAAAGUUGUACAGCUCGAUCUCAGUCAAUUUAUCCAUGGCACGUCUUGGCACGAGUGCUAUCGUCCCUCGCAGCCGCAGUGA